GGUAAUCCUGUAAGAAGGUGUUAUAAAUAUGCUUAGGUAAUUGAGAAAUCUAGUUCUUCAAUGAUUUUUUUUACAGAUUCUGUGCUGGUUAAUGCUUUGUCUGCAAUACUAGAACUGUUAGUUUUCUAAAAUAUCAGGUUACCAGCUACACUACAUACAAUAUCUUUAAUACAAGUUGCAUUUUUUUCAGUUUGUAUCCCAAUUCAGCUGGACAGCUGGGAAGGUGGCAACAUCUACUGCUAUAGUAAUGACAGUGAGACAAGCAUCAACUCUUAACUUGACGUGGCCAGUGUAUCGCUUUCCUUGCGAACAGCCAGUGUCUUCAUUACUCUUGCAGUAAAAUCAAAUUUACAGGAAGUAUUAUAUUUGAAUGGCAAGCUUGAGUCAUGCAUAUGCCCUCAUAUAUCCAUAGAAAAGAGCAGGGAUUUAACCACUAGAAAAAUGUUUGUAAUAUUUCCUCUUUGCUAAUUUUCUCUCCUGUUGAUGUAUGUUUUCUUAAGAGGAAAAAUUUUCCAGUGUGCUCUCAUCCUCUCUGAACAAAGUGUGCCAGUCUUUGUUUACAGAAUUUAUUCUGAAACUUUCAAACUUACUAUUUUAUAAAUCUGUAACAGCACUCAAUGAAGAAUGUUAUGGUGGAGUGUGAGUUCUAUUUUGUCUCUUGUCAUCUCUUUGGAAAAAAAUGGGAUGAUAAAAAAGCAGCUAAAAAUCAAAAUAUGUAUCUUUAAAAGGAGGUCUAAAGCCUUCUUUUUAAGUGUCUGUCACCUAGGAUUCAGAACAGUGAAAAGCCAGGCUUCAGCCGUGGAUCACAGAGUGUGCAAUCAAAUAAAGUGCUACAAAACGGAGCGUGAGAUGGUCCAGACUAAACACGGAAGGCCGAUCAUUUAGGGAAUGCUUCCUGGGCACAGUGACUCCGAGAAAGUGACUUAGUCUUCCUCAAAAUGUGGGCAGCGGAUGGCAGCGUGGUUCUUUGGAACGUGCAGUCCAUGAAACUGUACCGAUCUGGGAAAGUUAAAGGUGGUUCUUUGAUGGCUUGUGCAUUUUCUCCCAAUGGAAACUUCUUUGUCACUGGAUCAUCAAGUGGUGAUUUAACCAUUUGGGAUGAUAAAAUGAGAUGCCUGUAUAAUGAAAAAGCACAUGAUCUUGGCGUUACCUGCUGUGAUAUUUCUUCACAUCCAGUAUCUGAUAGUGAAAAUGGAUUGAAAUACUUCCAGAUGGCUUCCUGUGGACAAGAUAAUCAUAUCAAACUCUGGCUUAUUUUGUUUGCAGAUUUCUUAGGUGUUCAGUUAAAAUAUAAGUGCACACUGAAUGGGCACUCUGCCCCAGUUCUGGCUUGUGCAUUUUCAUGUGAUGGACAGAUGAUAGUCUCGGGGUCUGUGGACAAGUGCGUCAUAAUCUAUGAAACUAGUACUGGCAAUACCCUUCAUACUUUGUCUCAGCAUACAAGAUAUGUUACAACUUGUGCUUUUGCACCACAUAGUCCCUUACUUGCCACAGGCUCAAUGGAUAAAACUGUGCACAUAUGGCAGCUUGACCUUAAGCAACCCUGUGCAGGAUAUACUGUAGAAAAUGAAUCAAAGGUGGCUGUUGAGGACUGGUCAGAGGAUGAUGUUUCAGCCUGGCUCUGUGCACAGGAUUUAGCAGACUUUGUUGGACUUUUCAAAAUGAAUAAUAUUGAUGGCAAGGAACUACUCAAUCUUACUAAGGAAAGUCUUGCUAAUGAAUUAAAAAUUGAGUCUCUAGGCCUGCGCAGUAAAGUUCUCCAGAAAAUUGAAGAACUGAGGAUGACAAUGAUCUCAGUUUCUGUUCCUGAUGAGUUCCUAUGUCCUAUAACAAGAGAGCUUAUGAAUGAUCCUGUCAUUGCCACAGAUGGCUAUUCCUAUGAAAGGGAAGCAAUGGAAAACUGGAUCAGCAAUAGACGAUCUAGUCCCAUGACGAAUCUUCCUCUCCACUCUCUUAUGCUCACACCAAACAGAACACUAAAAAUGGCCAUUAGUCGCUGGCUAGAGACUCAGCAGAAAUAGUUAAACCACUUAAUUGUGAAGUUGUUUGUUAAAAUUAUUUGAAAUUUUAUGCAGCUGGAGGAAUUAAUUGUAUCAGAAACAAAUGGAAAGAAAAACUUGUGUUUCUCUUCUAUCUGUGGCUGGUUAAACCUUCACUGGUGGAAAUUCCCAGAAGAACUUUAAGUUCCUGGUAGUUCUACUUUGUGGUAUUUCUGUUUAAGAAUCAAGUACUCAAACUCAGUUUUUCAAAUAAAAUUUUCUUAUAAUUUUUA